GGCACCUUGAAAUAUUUCAAGCUACUUGAAAUAACAAUUUUGGACGAUGAACCGCCACAGUCAGCAGCUUCAGUCCAGUCCCCACCUGCCUCCGAGUCGCCCCCCUCCCGACCCGGCCCAGUUCGCCUCACACAUCCCGCCGCCCUACAGACACAGCCUUCACUUUUCGCCAUCCACACACAUGCUGCUCGACAGGCGCGGCUCAUUGGGACCGUAUCGAUUAGCAUACCCCUAUCCCCCGCCCUCUCCGCCGCCGCACAAGUCGCAGCAGUGGCAUCAGUGGCUGAGAAGUCGCAUCGCCUAUGAGCAGCAGCAGCGGACUUUCUCACCUAUCGGCUCGCCAGUGGGAAGCAGACGAGGCAGCUACGGCAAUACCCUGCAUGUUCCUCUAGGGCCGCAACAGAUGCCUCUCUUUGUGUCCGGCGGUCACAGCUCGGCGACUCAAAAGUAUUACCGGGAGGGCCGUCGUGCAUCUGAGCCGCACGACAUCUUCAGGCUGCCUGUGUCUCCUUCGCUGGACAUGAGCCAGCCUGACAUGCCGAGAUGCGACUAUGGCAUCAGGACAAUGGGUGAGGAUUCUUUGCCGGGCAGUUCGAGGGAGGACAGGGGGAGGGCUGGGAGGGCGUCUGAAGAGAUGAUGCAGCUGCUGAGGGAGUUUGAGUCAGUGCAGGAGGCACUCAGGCAGAAGACCACAGAGGUGACAUAUAGAGACAAUAGGCUUUCCCAUUUCUCAUACAAACAUGCUGUCCUUCUGCUGCAUGUGUCAGGUCCGUCGCGCCUUCGAGUCUCCGUUACCGCUUUCAUUCGACACUCUUCGGCCGACCUAUGGCAGCCUGUCCCUCUACUUGACGAAGCUCACGUCCGUCCUGCACACGAUCAUUGCCAAGAACAACGCAGCGGUCCUCUCCUAUCCCAGGCCAGGAUGGAGCAUCUCGCAGCCACAGCAACCACCACCGCAGCAGCCGGCCGCAGUUGUUGUGAGCCCUCCCCGUGUAGCGGCGCCUGAGACACGGCCACGGCCCCCCAUUGUCAGGGAUGCGGCUGGGCAGCUUGUGGUAGCGGACUCACAGGUGCGUAAAAUGUCAAUGAGGAGACACAGACAUCGUAUGGCCAGCGGUUGACCCUGUGUUCUGUAGGGUCAGCGGUUGACCCUGUUUGCGAAGGUGGUGCUCUUGUGUGGGUCGGAAGGCUCCCAAGGCCAUAAGAAAGUAGGAUGAGAGUCAGACAUUUGCACGACUGUGUUCUGUUCCAUGUGCGCUUCAGGUCCGUGGCAAUGUGGUGGGCUUUGUGGAUUGUCCUGCGACACUAUACGAAGACAGGAAGGAGCCCAUGCUGGAUCUGAAGCAUCAUGACGAAGUGCGAUCGCAAAUAUGCAAUACAUAGAGGAAAGAUACGACUCCGCUUUGCCUCUUCGCCCAUUGCUUCCUCAGGUCCAUGUACUGGUGACGUUUGUGCACAAGGACGCGCUCGAUUCGCCGGUUCGCUUCCCCACGGAUGACGCCAGGAAAUUCAAGGACUGCCUGAAGCCAGAGACGAACGUCAUCAAAUGGCUGGCGUCCGAGACGCGACUUGGCACCGCAUUCGUAGAGACGGCCAACUGAACAACUCAGUUCAUGUCGGGGCCUGUACGCGUGUGCAAGCGUGUAUGGACGCGUGUGUGGUUUGGGACGUGAUGGGG